UUUGCUUGCAUCAAAGUUCACCAGCUGAUAUCGCUGGGUCGAAUUAAAACAAUUAAUUCUGAUUACAUCGUAAUAAUUCUCAAAAUAUUAUAAAAUGUAGUAAACAAUUGUAGUUUUAUCAGCCGUGCUAGUGUUAGCAAAGCGAUUGUUCUCGUUGAACGUGUUUGGAAAGUGGUUUCUUUAUUUACGAACCUAACCUCAAAUUGUAAACAAUAAACAGAACAGGGGUACAAAAUGAGUGUCGAAGGAGUGAUGGUAUCCUACAACUAUUCAGACGACGGCGAGCUGGCGAAUAUCCUCACAGUAUCAGCAUCAGGCUUAAAGUUCUCCAACCGAUGGGUGCUCACUCACGGGUCAAUACUCUCUCCGUUGAAGCAAGCGAAUGUUAUCAAAAACGCACGAGGGAGGCCCAUACUGAACGACGAGUUUUAUAAUGAUCUACCGGAGAUAUAUGUGACUUGUGAGAAAAUGCCGUCGAAGGCACCCAAUGUGUAUGAAGACGUUGAAAAACUGAGCAGGGAGCGGAAUUUAGAUAAUGAUAUUGAUUUUGAACAUAGCAGUUAUCAAGUCAGAGUCCUCACUGGAAGAAUAUGCCACGUAUGGCAAUGUCCUGUUCUGGACCGAUGUGUGGACGAUAUUUUGUACAGCUGGACCAUCGGCCAUCAAGAUGGUGAUAUGGAGAAACAGACACGACUGGGCAAAGCCUUAUUAUCUGUCUUUGUACUCAUCGAUUUGGAGGGCGAUUACAGAGGCCUAAAAACUCUCCGACCGCUGUCAGAACUCCUGGACAUGGUCAAACCGCCGCCUGAACGAGGGACUAGUAUUCAAGUACAUUCCACGCCUUUUGGAUGCGAGGCGUUCCUCAACGCAGUGACUCGAGGUGCUGUAUGUGGCGUUAUUGGCAAGAGGCCGUCGCUACUUCUGACAGAUGCUGCAACGGCUUUGGGCUCUGAAGGUGGACCAGUUUUCACUGAGGGGCCAAACGCGGAGCUAGUGGGGGCGGUGGUGUGCAGCGUGUCGUGGUGGCGCGGCGAGUGGGUGGGGCUGACCCUGGCGGCGCCACUGCGCGCCGUACUGGCGGCCAAGCUACGAGUCCCCCCCCUCCACCCGCCAAGGGCGCCGGCUUCUCCACUGUACUCCAAGAUACUUAAGAUAGUGGACAGAACAACAAUGUUGGUGCGAUGCGGUGCUGCGUGGGGUGCGGGCGUAUGGCUGGGCCGCGGGCACGUGCUCACGUGCGCACACGUCGUCAAAAACCACGCAUCCUACAAAGUAUCGCUGUACUGUCAGAAUAAGAAAGAGACGGCGAUGGUGCGGUACAAGACAAAAGACGACAAAGCGUACGACCUGGCGUUGCUCUACACCAAUCCUGACAACUGGGCACAUCUUAUACCAGCUGAAUUUGCCGAGGAACCCGCGGAAAAGGGUGAAUCAGUUCUCGCGGCUGGUUACCCGUACUUCAACGAGAACAAUCUGGAAGAUUUGAAGCCAACAGUCACAAGCGGGCAUAUAAAUAACGUGUCCCACUCCAUGAUACAGACCUCGUGUUGCGUGCAAUCGGGCUUCAGUGGCGGCCCAAUAUUCCGCAUAACCAAGGAGUUGAAAGCCGAAGUACUGGCAACUAUAGUGAGCAACGCCAAAGCGCAAACCGGUGCUAGCUUCCCCUACAUAAACAUGGCGGUUCCCACCAGAGCUUUUAUAAGGCUUAUACAACAUUUCAUAUUGGACAGAGAUGAAUCAAAACUGUCAUCGAUAGAGAACAACAAGGAAAUAGUCGAGUCGCAAUGGAGACUACUGCCCUAUAGAUCUAAGAUAUGAUAUUUUACAAUACUCAGAGUAGAUAUAAUUUAUUAUUAAUUAUUAAUUAUUGUGAUAUAUGUACAUAUUAUGUAAUAA